AGCUCUGGCUAGCGUGUUGAGGUAAUUUACCUACUGUCCGUUCAUAACGGUAGGAUGUGUCAGUGAAAGGGAAAGUAUACUUCUGCGGGACACCGUAGCUAGCAUGUCCUUCCAGUGAUACAAGGAGCUUCAGUAGGUCAAGUUGUUUUUGAUGACCAAUUUCAGGACAUUUGCACUUUAAAUAAAAUUAGUAGACGGAUGCGAUUAGUUACAUUAAAUGAAAAUGCAUCUUAGUUUCAUUAAGCAAACAGUUAUCGCCCGGCGGUGUGUGCGGGCAUUGAAAACCCUUCAGACUCGUGAGCACGUGUUAUCGCAAGGGUACACAGCGCGAUGGUGCAGCUCGGACCUGUCCGUGCCCAAAAUCACUUCACACUACACAAUCUACCCGAGGGACAAGGAUCCGCGAUGGGAGGGCGUGGACAUGGAGCGUUUUGCAGACGAGGCGGAUGUCCUGAUUGUGGGAGGCGGCCCGGCAGGGUUGGCAGCUGCCAUCAGGCUGAAGCAGUUGGCCAAUGAGCAGGAGAAAGAGCUGCGUGUGUGUCUGGUGGAGAAGGCCUCACAGAUCGGGGCACACACACUCUCGGGAGCGUGCUUAGAACCCAGCGCGCUCAAUGAACUCAUCCCCGACUGGAAGGAGCGUGGGGCCCCUAUGAACACCCCAGUGACUGAAGACAAGUUUGGCAUGUUAACAGAAAAGUACAGAAUACCCAUACCUAUCCUGCCAGGCCUGCCCAUGAAUAACCAUGGCAACUACAUUGUGCGUCUGGGGCACUUCGUGCGAUGGCUCGGGGAACAGGCGGAGGAGCUGGGGGUGGAGCUGUAUCCUGGAUACGCUGCUUCUGAGGUACUGUUUCAUGAGGAUGGAAGUGUAAAGGGAAUUGCAACAAAUGAUGUCGGCAUCGCAAAAGACGGUUCUCCAAAGGAUGUGUUUGAGAGAGGGAUGGAGCUGCACGCCAAGGUCACCAUGUUUGCAGAGGGUUGCCAUGGACACCUGGCCAAGCAGCUAUACAAGCAUUACAACCUGCGGGAGAACUGCGAGCCACAGACCUACGCCAUCGGACUCAAAGAGGUGUGGACGAUAGAUGAGAAGAAAUGGCGUCCUGGUCGCGUGGAGCACACUGUGGGCUGGCCUCUCAACAGGAACACAUACGGCGGCUCCUUCCUGUACCACCUCAACGAGGGAGAGCCACUGGUCGCACUGGGGUUUGUGGUGGGGCUGGACUACACAAACCCAUACCUGAGCCCGUUCCGAGAGUUCCAGCGGUGGAAGCACCAUCCGUCUGUGUCUCCCACGCUGGAGGGGGGAACCCGCAUCGCAUAUGGAGCCAGAGCCCUCAACGAGGGAGGCAUGCAGUCCCUGCCUAAGCUGACGUUUCCUGGAGGGCUCCUGAUUGGUUGCAGCCCUGGCUUCAUGAAUGUCCCUAAGAUCAAAGGCACACACACGGCCAUGAAGAGUGGGAUGCUGGCCGCAGAGGCCACCUUCGCCAAGAUCGCUGAUGAGAACCUGGCGUCUGACACCGCAGGUAUUCAUGUGCACGAGUAUGAGCAGAACCUGAGGGAAUCGUGGAUCUGGAAGGAGCUCAAGGCGGUCCGGAACAUCCGGCCCUCCUUCCACAACUACUUCGGCCUCUACGGCGGGAUCAUCUACACCGGAAUGUUCUACUGGAUCGGCCGUGGGAUGGAGCCUUGGACGCUCAAACAUGCCGGUCUGGACUCUGAGCAGCUGAAGCCAGCUAAGGAGUGCACCCCCAUUGAGUACCCCAAACCGGACGGGAAAAUCAGCUUUGACCUGCUGUCGUCGGUGGCACUGAGCGGGACCAAUCACGAGGGAGAUCAGCCUCCCCACCUCACACUGAAGAAUGACUGUGUACCUGUAGCCAAUAACCUCGCCAUCUACGAUGGACCAGAGCAGAGGUUCUGCCCAGCAGGUGUGUAUGAGUACGUUCCCUUGGAGACGGGCGAGGGCAUGAGGCUCCAGAUCAACGCCACGAACUGCGUCCACUGCAAGACCUGUGACAUCAAAGACCCCAGCCAGAACAUCAACUGGGUGGUGCCGGAGGGUGGUGGUGGACCCGCCUACAACGGCAUGUGAUCAGCAUGCCUUCCACGUCUGUUCCAUUGGGCUUUUUUUAUUAUAUUUUAUGCAGGAAUACAUAGUGGGAGGGGUCCAGUUUUUAUUAUCUGCGGGGCCUUAGUAUACGUACAUACACACAACUGUGCUUACAGAUUGGCAGUCAGGGCUCAGGGCUUACAGUUUCAGGAGCCUUGUUGAGGCUUCUGAAGUCUUUCCCCGUGUGCCUAAAAGUGGACUUCAGCGAGAGGGUCCUACGUGCCUCAUGUGGCUUUGAUGUAGAGGUGAUGACUUAAUUUAACAAAUUAUGUGGAAACACAUCUUGAAGAAAAAGAUUUCUACGUGUUGUAUUUGUAUUAUUUUGUCAAUAUUGAGGUAUUGGCCCAAAGAAAGUGUUUUAUUUUUGUUGGUUUGUUGUUGUUUAACAAACGCACAUGUGGAUGCAAAUCUAGAGGGCUUUGGGGAGGAAAGGUAAGUUUUUCACUGCAGAUCUCAGUAAUACAGAUUAACUCUGUUCUGUACAUAGACACAGAUUGCCAGUUAACUGUGGAAAUAAACUCUAUUCUGCCUCAUGCUG